AUGGCUUCUAAACCGCUAUCCAAAGAUUCUAUGCAAUCAACAUGGCGCACAGGUCCUCGCAGCGAAUGGAACAUCAGUCAUUACCUGCUUGACGCGCUCAACGCCCACCCCAUCGACCUGAGACAAGGAGCCAUUCCCCUUCUCCUCCACGAGACCUACAUGGCAUUCACCGGCCGCACCAUGGGCCCAAUCACCGCGUUCAACUUCUACUUCUUCGUCUUCAACGCGACAGUGAUCUACCAAGUGCACAUCCUUCGGCGUCUAGGCCACAAAUAUGGAUUCCUUGACGGCGACAAGCAUGCACGCGAUGGCGUCCCUGACGUCGGCGUCGCCAAAGUAGUAACCUCACUAUACAAGACAACAGGAUCUCGAAUGAUCCUCUCAAUCUUCCUCUCUUACAACCAAUCCCAGAGACCCUCCCAGAUGUCGUGGAUGUGGCUACCUCUCGAAAUAGGACUAUACGGCAUUGUCCUCGACUUCUGGUUCUACUGGUACCACCGACUGAUGCACGAUGAAUUCUUCGAUAUGGUUGGCGUGCCGGUGAUGACGUACUUCAGUUUGAAACUGUUUGGUUUGCCGAUGGGAUUCUACGAGUGGUGGAUUUGUCAUGAAUACGUUGCGUUUGCAGAAGUGUUUGGCCACAGUGGACUGCGGAUACAUUCGGGUGUGCCAUCCACGAUGGGUUGGUUGCUGCAGAUGUUCGAUGCGGAGAUUGUUAUCGAGGACCAUGAUCUGCAUCACCGGAAGGGUUGGCGGAAGAGUCAUAACUAUGGCAAGCAGACGAGGCUGUGGGAUCGGAUUUUUGGGACUUGUACGGAGCGUAUUGAAUCUGUGAAGGGGAAUAUUGAUUAUGAGAAUACAGCCGAGAUGCCUUUGUUCUAG